GACUCGGAGUUGGGAGAUUUUGCCGUCAAGUAGCUCGAGAUCCAGAUAUUAUCGUUAUGAUCAGUGCAACGAUCAUUGUUUAGUACUAUAGUGGUUGUUAAAUUGCGCUUAAUGUCUACAACACCCUCAGUUCAGCGACCGAGAUUUAAUCCUUCGCCGUGUGAUGUUCGGGCACACGAUGUACCUCCGCUGCACAAUUCAGAUUCCAAUCCUUCCCACUUCAGAUUCCAGUCGUUGAUUAGUUGUCCUGCAGAUGUCCCACUUGAACUGUUUGAGACAGCUGUUUCGCAAUUGAUUCAUCAUCCGGAGUACAAUUCGACGUUGAUCUUGCGCUCAGAGACCAUCUCGGACUCUGACACCACCAUCCCAUCAUCUGUUCCACGACUGGAAGGAUACUGCCCCGUGCGCAAUGUCCAUCGAAAACUACUGCCGCGCAGGCCAGGUCGAGACUCCGGACUAGAGCAGCACUGUACGCUUUACGCCUUUGAAACCGGCGAAUUUGCGGGCCUUCCGUCUACGUUGGUCCUUACACCAAUUGUACCCGAGGGAGAGAGCUUACCCUACUAUCAUCCUACGGUGUCCCAUCUUGCAUUCCGGUACAUCCCUUCCAACGUCACCUCAACCUCAGAUGCAGCCUCUGCACAACCGACACUGCGCGUCGAAACCGUUCCGCACCCAGGCACGCUUACCGACCCCAAUAGUCGCCUCUACCGCACGGCGCUUGCACUCCUUGACACACUCCACCGUUACCUUUGGGGUGCACUCACACACUAUCAGAAGCGCGUCCAGCACGACGUCCUUGUACCCCGCGAAGUGUAUCAAGACGUAUAUCUCAAGAUGCGCGAGCGUCAUAAGGGGCUAGUGAAUACGUGGAGGGAGAGCACCGAUCCCCUGAAGCAUGUAUUCGAGGACAUCGGCAUCGCAACAUAUCUUAUGCUUUUCUGGAAAGACAUGUUCGCCGAUUCGGCUGAUCUAGCAGCCGUUACGGAGCUGCAUGAUUCACCAUGGAAAUCCUGGCCCCGUCCGGCUAAAGGCUUCCUUGACCUAGGCUGCGGCAACGGCUUGCUAACACAUAUUCUUUCGGCUGAGGGCUACUCAGGAUACGGUAUCGAUCUCCGCGCACGGAUGUCCUGGGCACAUUACCCCGAGCCGUCCCAGGCUGCCCUAAAGGUGCACGCACUCGAUCCCACACAACUUCUUUCUCCAGAAUCCGACACAGAUAGCAAGGAUUCCUUCUUGGCGCCCGGGGUCUUCCUCAUUGGGAAUCACGCGGACGAACUUACACCAUGGCUUCCUGUACUGGCGACACUCACAGGUGCGAGUGGGUACCUCUCCAUACCCUGCUGUGCAUGGAUGUUCGAUGAAAGGUUUACUCGCUCAUCUACGGUGUCAACGCUUAAUUUCUCUGAUGAUGAAUCGCUUAACGCUGCCACUUCGCCGUCGGGGGAGGCUGAGGACGAAGUUGUCUUCAUUUCCACCCUCGGUCUGGGCGCUGAGGGUACCCACAAGUCUCAAUACUCAGCCUAUCGCAUAUGGCUUGCGCGUUUGAGUCGGUGGUUGGGCUGGAAGAUUGAAUGCGAUACGCUCCGGAUACCCAGCACGCGGAACUGGGCAAUUGUGGGUGGGUUGCAUUGUCUUUCAUUCUCGAAGCAACACGGAUCACGGUUUUGAUUUGGUGCGUAGGUCGCGAAAGGCUUCCAGGAGACCAGAGUAUUUUUGUAGGUCGAGCGAGAAGGAUUGUGGAGGAGGUAGUCCGUAGAGGGGCUUUUAAGACAAGGACGCCAGAGGGGAAGGGACACGACGGUCACACUUCUAGAUAGCAUUUUCUCAAAACCAAGAUAAUAGUGAAUCGCUGGAA